AUGGCAGACAUGGACGAAUUGGACCCUCCCUCAAUCUCUGAGAUCGCGCCCAACAUCUUUGUGGGCAACGUCGCGAGCUCUUUGAAUCGCAAUGUUCUCAGGCACCACAACAUUACGGCCAUCGUCUCCCUCCUCGACGGCGGAUAUGCGAAAUGGAACAGUCCGAGGAACAGACAGAUUGUGCCUCAAGAGUGCCAUCUGUUUGUGCCUUGCCUAGACAACUCGACAAUGGAUAUUCUCACGCUUCUGGACGAGAUUUGCGCCUUCAUCGACUUACAGCUCGGCCACCAGUCUCGGCCACGAUCGCCCUCGUCCCUCCUCUCAGAGGAUCUCGACUUUGACUCAACCCCUUCAACGCCCAGCGAAGCGCCAACCAAAGGGCCCAAUAUCUUGAUCCACUGCCGUCUGGGCAUGUCCCGCUCCGCCUCUGUCGCUAUCGCAUACCUCAUGCGCCGCCGCGGCGAGAGCCUGGACGUGAUCCUCCCCGAGGUCAGGACUCGCCGCAAAGUCAAGCCGCGAGACAACUUCAUGGACCAGCUCCGGGUCUGGGGGGAAGUCGGCUACGAGGUGUGGGAGGACAAGGAGAGGCGGAUCCCCAAGGCGCUGUACCAGGGCUACCUCGACAGGCGGGCCGUGAGACUCGCGGCAAAGGGGUUGACGGGCAAUGAGCCCAUCUUGCCGGUCUGCUUCUGA